UUCACGAAUACAUGAGGCCCCUGGUCCCUAAUGAUGACAAGCCGAUUGGACGACGAGCGAUUUGCUGCUCCUGCACACGGCGGGAACUAACUUCACGCUCGGUGAGCUGCUGCGGGGCGAACAGGACACACCGUGCGGGGAGAGCUGAGGGUUUGUCCGCUGCUGCCGCCGCCAUGAGCAGGCUCCGCUCCGCGCUGUACAGAGGCAAGAAAACCACCCUGGAAAUGACAGACACGACCACAGCGGUGCGGAAGCGGUCAAAGGCCGCUGUGAAAGAAGAGGAAACCACAGAUCCUGCUCCGUCCACAUACCACACUUUCCAGGACCGAGCUGAUGUUGUGCUCCUGCGGUCGCAGCUCCUGCACUGGUAUGACAAGGGGAAGAGAGAGCUGCCAUGGAGGACUGUGGCUAUGACAGAGCCCGACCUCAACAUUAGGACAUAUGCAGUGUGGGUUUCAGAAAUCAUGCUGCAGCAGACCCAAGUUGCCACUGUAAUAGAUUACUACAACAAAUGGAUGAAGAGGUGGCCCACGGUGCAGGAUCUUGCAGCCGCUACACUUGAGGAGGUGAACCAGAUGUGGGCGGGCCUUGGCUACUACUCCCGAGGCAAGAGGCUGCAUGAAGGAGCUCAGAAGGUUGUGUCGGAGCUGAAGGGACAGAUGCCGCGGACAGUUGAGAGCCUUCUGAAGCAGCUGCCUGGAGUGGGACGCUACACCGCUGGAGCCAUAGGGUCUAUUGCAUUGGGGCAGGUUACAGGAGUCGUGGAUGGCAAUGUGAUUCGGGUGCUGUGUCGCACGAGGGCCAUUGGGGCUGACAGCACAAGCCCUGCUGUGACAGAGGCACUUUGGGGUCUUGCCAAUACGUUGGUGGACCCAGAGAGACCAGGGGACUUCAACCAGGCCAUGAUGGAACUGGGAGCUCGCGUCUGCACCCCUAAAAGUCCGCUCUGUGGCCAGUGUCCCAUACAGUCUCACUGCCGCUCUUAUCGCAAGGUUUGUGUCAAACAAGAGAAGAACUCCAAGAGGCUGUUGGGGAAGCUGGACAGGAUAUCUUCCGCAUUGCCUGAUAUAGAGGACUGCACGAGCGGUGGAAAGUGCCCGCUGUGCCCCGCAGAGCCCUGGGAUGAUGAGCUGGGUGUUCAGAACUUCCCCAGGAAGCCUGGAAAGAAGCCGCCCCGCGUCGAGCGCACGCUCACCUGCGUGGUGGUCAGAUCUGUGGAGGACGGAGAGGACGAGUACUUGCUCACACAGAGGCCCAGCAAAGGUUUGCUGGCGGGGAUGUGGGAGUUCCCUAGCCUGCUGCUGGAGGAGGAAAACUCCGAGAUGAAGCAGAAGGGGGCGCUGUGUGCUGAGAUCAGCAGGAUGCUUGGGGUCCAGGUCAACCAAAGCCUGUUUAAAUACAUUGGAGAGGUGGUUCAUAGCUUCUCCCACAUCCACCAGACAUAUGUGGUGUACCAUGUGUGUUUGAAAGAGGGUGCAGAUACACAAACACCUGAAAACACACAGUGGCUCACCAGGUCGGCCCUGCAGGAAGCUGCUGUGUCCACGGGAGUCAAAAAGAUCCUGAAGCUUUAUGAUUCCGCGGAGAAUCAAGAGGAACGGCCCUCAAAGGAUGGGAAGCGGAAGAAAACCACUGGUGUGAAGGACGACAAGAAACCGCAGACCUCGAAAAAGGCCAAACUCAGUGCAGCAAAUAGCGGGACCAGACAGCUCUACCUCAGCUCCUUCUUCAAGACAGUUAAAGAAGAAUCCUGACUCACUCAACUUUGCAUGAUUGUUUUUAUAUAGAUGAAAGCCUUAUAUGGUGCUUUAGCACAGGGCCACACAAUAAUAACUGGGACUCUGUUAGAUUUAAAGACACAAUGAAUAGUAGACCACUGUGAAACCAUGAAAAAUAUUGAUAAAACAAAAAUCUGAAUAUUGUCCCUAGAAUAUCCCAUUCGGCACUAUUCUGACUCUGAUGUACACUGUAGUGCCUUUUUUUUUUAUUAAUCUUAUAGUUUAUGGCAUUUGUAGCUCAUGAUAUCGUUUUAAUAGUCUUGUAGGGACUUAGGUCAUGACCUUUGUAUGGUAUCUUAAAUAUACUACAGGUGCAGGAUUAUAGUUACAGUUACAAUUAUGUACCCUACAGACUUCAUUUAAUUCAUGAAGAUACCCCAUCUAUUCCAAUGGACAUAACUUUUCUAGGAUGUGUAGCUCUAUGAUAAUUGUCAAAAACAGAGUUGUUUGAUUGGAUGUCUGUAAGCCAAACAGUAUUCCACAUGUCCUAAACUGGACUGCAGCAGGGCCACACCCUCUGUUUCAGCAGGAAUUGACAGCUCUGAGGCAGGAGGUAGCAUUAAUAAUCAUGAUUAAGAACACAAUUUAAACUGUUUACAGUAAACGUGAAAUGUUAUAUUACUUAUACAUGUGAAAAUAUCUUAUGAAAUAUGUGUAGCUUUUACUCAGGAUUACUAAAAAAAAAAAAAAAUGUCCAUUGGAAUAGACAGGGGAUCUGAAUGUCACCAGAGAGAAAAUUGGAAAAUACUGUUUUGAUUUAUUGUGAAUGCUCUAUUAUGACUUUAUAAUGAUAUAAUCAGCUUAAUACAUCCUAUUGAUUAGCUAACAGAAUAUUGAACAUACUUCUCUGUGGAGAUACUUGAGAAAUUGAGGAUUUUAUUAUUGUUAACAGAAUAUAUAUGCAAUGUUUUAAAACGUCUUAAAGCAUCAAUUCAUUGAAAUGAGCGAACUAUUGAUGCAAAAUAAAUACACUCAUGCCUUGC